AUGGGGAGGAAUGACUCGUCUGUGCCACUCCCAAUGACGGCGUUAGAGACAUCGCCGUCAAAAAUGUCCGACUUCUACAUCGGUCUCGGGUUGGCCGUUUCUUCGUCGUUGUUCAUCGGCAGUUCAUUUAUCAUCAAGAAGAAAGCCCUUAUCAAGUUAAAAGUGGGUCUCGGUGAGGCGUGCAAUUUUGCGGCAUAUGCGUUUGCACCAGCCAGUUUGGUCACUCCGUUAGGUGCACUAUCCGUUUUAGUCACUGCCGUAUUGUCGUCACGCCUUCUGAAGGAGAGACUGAAUUUACUCGGAAAAAUUGGUUGUGCUGUUUGCUUACUUGGUUCAACAGUUAUUGUAAUUCACUCACCGAAAGAGGAAGAAGUAGCUUCUAUGGCAGAUUUAGCGUUGAAAAUGAAAGAUGCAGUAUUUAUAUUAUAUGUUGUUGCUGUCAUAGUGGUGACUUUGUUCAUUUGCGUCUACGUUGCUCUCGUUAUGGGUCUUGGCUUAGCCAUAAAAGAGACGAUAUCUGGAAAUCAGCAACUUACAAAUGUACUCACUUAUUUCUGGUUAGGGUCCGUCGCUGUCUGUGUUUCUGUGCAACUGGUAUACCUUAAUAAAGCGUUGGAUAUGUUCAACACAUCAAUGGUGACUCCGAUUUACUAUGUGUUUUUUACAACUUUUGUAAUCUUAGCUUCUUCAAUACUGUAUAAGGAGUGGUCUUGUCUUGGUGCCUCAGAUAUACUAGGAAACGUUAUCGGUUUCUUAACGACAAUUAUUGGUAUAUUCCAGAUGCAGCUGUUCCGUGAUGUGAAUAUCAGUUUACGUCAAGUACGUGUGCUGCUUCAUCGGCCAUCGGCGUCGUUGGCCAGCCUUGAUCUCUCAUCGAAUUCCGCCACGAACCUCGUCGACGACUUCAACGUCGCCUCGCCAUCGUCGUCCAAUGGUUCCGUCCGACAUGCAACGUACACGUGA